UAACCUCAAACAUCUCAAACGUAAACAAGAAAAACACGUAACGUAACGUAUGCGUUUGUUGCAUAAAAUUUAAUAAAAAAUAAUAAUGAAGUCUGCAGCAGCUCAUCAAAAAUUAGUGAUGGGUGGAGAUAGAGAUGGACUGAAAGAACUCUUACGUCGCCGACUAGUCGAAUGUGGUUGGAGGGACCAGGUGAAAAUAAUUUGCAAAGAUACCAUAAAGGACAAUGGUCCAGACAUUACGUACGACGCUUUAUUGUCGACAGUCACGACCAGGGCGAGAAGCCUUGUUCCCGACACAGUCAAGAAAGAACUUCUUCAGAAAAUAAAAAACCAACUCCUUGCUCAAGAAGAAAAGCUCAAGACGUAAUUUUCUAAUUCUGAUGAAACUUUUUUUUAUUAUUAUUCUAUAAAAGCAGGAAAAACUUUAAAAUACUGAGUACAGUCUCAUUAAAAAAUAAAAUAAAAACAGAGUGCAUAAUAUUUGACAAAGAGAUUAUUUAAACUCGAAAAUAUGUGCUCUUUCGUUAAAAACAUUGUAAUUGAAGUGAUAAUUUUACGUUCCGGAUGAAUGUAAAUCUUUGCCAUAUAAUUUGUAUUCCUGAAUACUUCCCACGUAAUUAUUUAAUGUUUUUUCAUUUUUUGAGUAUGUACAACUGGUGAUCGUUUCAUUAAACUUAAGGUUAUUAUUA